UCUUACUGCAGCAGUUUAGGUAAACAGGUAAACAGCAAAGCCGCCGCUGUGCGCUGGUCGAAGCACGAACUCAGAUAUUUUGAUAAAUUGAACAUGGCGAAAUGUGAAAUGUGUAUAGUUCAGAUAAAAAUUGUGAAAAUACGAGCAUUAUUGUUAAUGUUAUUUCUGUGUUAAUGCGGUUUGGUCUCGUGGCGAUCUAAGUGUUUCAUUAAAAGUAAUAUAAUUAAACUGUUGUGUAUACUUUUUGUUUGCUAAAUAUGGAUGUAAAUAAGUUAGCGGAGAUUAAAGAUGGCGAUUCAACCCGUUCGCUGAUAUUAGUUGAAGCGCCAUCUAUGAUGGAAGUGCCAAAACACAAAUUGGAGAGAAGUGCAAGUGCUAAGAAAAAGAGAAGGCGCGGGAAGACAAAAUGGAAAAUCUCAAAGCCUUAUUUAAAAGUGCCCUGGCAGGAUAGACGAAAAAUUGUUAAUACUAAAAGGAAUAAUCGUUUUCGAAAAUUAGCCUUGUCUAAGACUCAGGCCCCGUUUAAUAACAAUCAGUUUCUGAUGGAAAUUCACAAACCAGAACCAGAAAAUAACUUGUAUAUCUUUAGAACACCUUCCGCUCGGACCAGAGAAUCCAGUUUCAGUGUGGACUCAGAGGAGAACUACUUUUAUUCCCUCCCAGAAGAUGAGGAAGAAUAUUUGACGAAGGAAUUUUCAAGUGUAUAUGAGGAUGCACAGUGUGAACGUUUGUCUAACAUGUCCAAGAACGAACUGAUCCAAGAGUACCUUUUACUCGAAGCUAAAUAUGAUAAUCUUGUAAAGAGGAAUGAACGUUGCAAGCCAAAAGAACUUGAAGAUAAUGAAGAUAUGGCUGCAGUUGACAAAGAAAUGUGCACAGACGCAGACAGUGUGGCAACUGACAGAGAUACAUCAGGUACAUCUGUCAACUCAGGCUCCAUGGAUGAAUCUUCUUUAUAUGAUGUCAUGCAACGAUUAAAGGAGCAAGAGCAACAAAUCCGAGAGCUGCAAAUGGCAAACGAGAAGUUGAUCCUUGAAAAUAAUCAUUUGAGGCGCAAUCAGGGUUCAAGUGAGGACUCUGAGAGUGAUAGCUCUUCUAGUUCCGAUAGCUGCAGCAGUUCUAGUUGCUCGAGUCCAGAGUGUGAGCCAUCUGCAGAGAAUGGUACUGGUGAGACUCCAAAUGAAAAUCAUGUCCAAGAAAAUGGAGAGCAUAAUGCAAGCAGUCCCCAACCUGUGCAACCAGUCGUCAAUGGGUUUCAUAGCCCAACUGAAUAAAUAUUGAACUUGUUUGUUCCAUAUGUUUCAACUUUUGGUAGCAAUCUAAUUACUGGUGCUGUUAUUUAUAUAUGUUUGA